UUAAUUAUUAUCAUUAUGUUGAUGUCUAGGGAUAUUUUUCUACCUGAAGGAGGAGAACUUGAAGUAUUGUUUUCUGUAUAUUUGAUGGACUGGGAUUUAUCAAACAAGGAAUCUUCUAAACCUGAACUAGGACCUUCAAUUAAUCCGAAAUUACAGGUUUUCUACGACGAGGAUUUAGUGUUUGAUAUUAGUAAAGCUAUCUCUGAACAUCAGAACCACUAUAAAUUUAACAGAUGGAAUCAGUUUAAGAUGUUAAGUGAGUAUAGAGAGGGUAUAAACAUAACAAUAACACUGGUAGGAAGCAGAGGACUCCUUCUUGAUAGUUUAACCAAUACUAGCUCUUCCCUUCCUGUUCUUAUAGACAACUUUAAUAUAACAACAAGACGACCUGCUCAAAGUGAUAAAAGUUUUGAGAAUAAAUCUGGUCGUCUUGAACCUGAAGCAGAGGUGAAGGAGGCGGGGAAAUGGAAACCUCUUCAAACAGAAGCAGAAGAGGAGGCAGAGAAUGAAGAAAAAGAACUUGGAAGACCUGCUUUCUGUUCCCUUCUUCCUGAAUCUACACCAUGUGGCAGGUUUCCUAAGAAAAGAUAUUAUUUUGACGCUGCUCUGGAAAAAUGUCAGGAGUUUAUGUAUGAAGGAUGUAAGGGAAAUGAAAACCGGUUUGAUGACCUGGAAACUUGCAAGCUAAUCUGCGCUACACGGGAACACAUAGAACCCCUUCAAAUCUCUCUAAGAAAAACUGAAUUUACCAGCUUUGAAAGUGGAUUCCAGGGUUGGAACACCAGGAACUGGGAGAAGGUGAGCUAUGAAGAGAAGAAGAAUGGAUUUAUUGUUCCAACACCACCGAUCCUUCAUCCGGACAGAUCUACCAAUGAGAUUGGUAUUUCUCCGGUUCACCGUACCUUUGAUUUUAGACUUCCAGAAAUGACGCAAGAGUUUUUGGCAGAGGAGAAUGCAAUGCUUCUAAUUGCUUUUCAACUGCUGGUAAAGGGAGUUUCUAGCUCAGGUCUUCUCUCCUUCUUCCUUCGGUUAGACCCUGGCCUGGAGAUUUAUGUUGGAAACGUUAAAGUUUUUGAUUUUGUCACACAGGGGGUUGCAGACGAGCACUGGCAUGAAUACCAGAUCUUGAUGAAUAAAACUGAGGUUUAUGAACACAGAGUUAAAAGUGGAGACCAGAAUCUACUUAUUACAAUCAGGGGCUGGUUGGGGUCAAAUGGAGAGGGACUUCUUGUUGUGGACAAUAUUAAUAUAACUCAAAUACCAGACCCUAACUCUUCUAAUUCAAGUACGAUAACAAAAGAUGUAAACACAAAAUCAUUCUCAACCCCUCAAUCAUCACCACUAACAACAACAACACUUACAACAACAACAACAACAACAACAGAAACAACAACAAAACACACGAUGAAUGACUGUAGUGCUCAGAAAGAGGAAGGAGACUGCAAGGGUAUGUUUAGCAGAUACUAUUAUAACAGCAGGGUGAGAACAUGUAUCCAGUUCUUCUGGUCAGGAUGUGGGGGUAAUUCUAAUAGAUUUUUGACUGAGGAGGAGUGUAAAAGCAGUUGUCUUUCAUCCAGAAUUGAUUCUUCAACACCAAAUCAGGAGUUUACUGUUAACAAUGCCGAGGAAGUGUGUGCUCAACCACUUGAGCCAGGAUCUAGCUCAUGCUCACAAAAGUUGGAGAGAUUCUACUUUGAUGUAGAGGUUGGAUCCUGUGUUUCCUUCCUAUUCUCCGGAUGUGAAGGAAAUGAAAAUAAUUUCCUCGCCCUGUCUGACUGCUCACAGUUCUGUAGUAAUGUUACUAUCAAACAGAUUGUGGAAGAUGAAGAACAUGACAAGAUCAAUAUUGCUGACUGUGGUCUAGAGUAUGAUCCUGGAACCUGUACAAAUUAUCAACCAAAAUAUUUUUAUGAACCCAGCUCCAGAUCUUGCCAAACCUUUAGUUAUGGAGGAUGUGGCGGCAAUCCAAACAGAUUUAACACAGAAUCAGAGUGUCUGAGCGUUUGCCUUCAAGUCUCAACUACAGCGGACAGUCCAGCCUUUAGUCCGGAAAUAAUCCCAGAAAGGAGACCAACAGAACCCCUAGGUAUCAGAAUAUUAUAGUCCGUUGGAAUUUUGAGUAAACAGCUUAG